AGUAGAGACGGACAGACGCGUUAGACGAGGUAUAUCUUCUAUCGCGAACGCGUCUUCGAGAUCAGACCAGAGAGGACCGCGUGAUCAAGGCUACGUGUAGCAAGAAUGCUGGCGAGAAUACCGAUCGGCUCCUCGUUAUUACUACUAGUGUUGGUGUCGAUCCUGUCGUCGACGCACGGUCGAAAGGACGUCGGAGAAUCAUGUACAGCCGAUAAUGUCCCAGGUGUAUGCAAGCUUUUACGAAGCUGCGAUAAAGUUUAUAGGGAUCUAUUGGCCGGCAAAACGCCUAAAGAGAUCUGUGGAUAUUCAGGUUUUGACCCAAUAGUAUGCUGCCCAACAUCAAAUUCGGUUGAUUCUAGACCAACGCCGACGCCGACGCCGACGCCGACGCCGACGCCACAAACAGGCUCAGUGCGACCUUUGAAAUUGGAUGGAAGAGUAGGAUCUCUAGCACGAGCAAAAUGCGCGGAAAACGCGGAGGCUGUCUAUGGUUUCCAGAUACCACCUACACCGACAUUGGACCGAACACCUGUAAACACCUCGCUAUGCGCUCUAACCACGCGCAAAUUGAUCGUCGGUGGCAAGAAGGCCGAAGGGAAAGAAUUUCCGCACAUGGCGGCCAUCGGUUUCGAGUCUGGUAAUACGAUCCUGUGGAAUUGUGGUGGUAGCUUAAUUUCUUCCAAAGUCGUCCUGACAGCGGCCCACUGCACUUGGUCAUCAGACUGGGGAAGCGCUAAGUGGGUACGCCUCGGUGAUCUAAAUCUCGCGCAGACAAAUGAUAACGCAAAGCCACAAACUAUUGCAAUCAAGGAAAGGAUAAGGCAUCCCGAAUACAAACGACCGUCGGAAUAUCACGACAUAGCUAUUUUACGUCUGGAAAAGGAAGCUACCUUUGACGCAUGGGUCAGACCAGCGUGUCUUCCGGUUGAUUCGCCUGAUGUGGGGAACAAUGAUAAGGCAGUCGCCACCGGAUGGGGUUUGGUCGACUGGGAUGAAGACAAAGGCUCGGACAAUUUAUUAAAGGUGACGCUCUCUUUAGUUUCUCAUAAAGUUUGCAAUAAUAGUUUCUUCGACGGUGGUUCUACCGGAGAGCUCGCAUUAGGCAUUGUCGACGACUGGCAAAUAUGUGCGGGAGAAGCCGGGAAAGAUACUUGUCAGGGUGACAGUGGAGGGCCACUUGCUGUCUUUAACACCGAUCACAACUGCAUGUACACCAUUAUCGGAGUCACCAGUUUCGGACGAUACUGCGGCAGCACCAUACCUGGCGUCUACACUCGAGUCUACCAUUACAUCGACUGGAUUGAGAGAACUGCAUGGCCAGAAUACUUUUAACACGAAUACUUCAUUAAUUUAAAUGUAUCCAUUUUCUUAAGCAUUAAAUAUAUUUCUUUUUUUAUAUUUU